AUGGUCGGUUUCUCCAAGGGCCUUUCGGCGGCCCUCCUCGUUGCCUCCGUAGCAAGCGCAUCCCCCAUCGCAGGAACAUCAUCUCCCCUCGAACGCCGAGGCACAAUCGGCAGCGAUCAGAUCGUUGGAUUCCCACAAUCCGUCCCCAGCGGCAUCCUCGGCGAGGUGUAUUUGGCUUAUCAGCCCUAUCUCAAGGUUGUGAAUGGAUGUGUGCCGUUUCCGGGCGUUGAUGCCCAGGGUAAUACCAAUGCUGGUCUGAAGCCUACCGGCGCCUCAAACGGCCAAUGCUCCAGCAGCACCGGGCAAAUCUACAGCCGCGCCGUUAGCUACAACGGCUACUACGCCGUCAUGUACGCCUGGUACAUGCCCAAGGACGAGCCCUCUGACGGCCUGGGUCAUCGUCACGACUGGGAAGGCGUAAUCAUCUGGCUGGCUUCCGGCACAUCAACGACCGCCGACAACAUCCUCGCUGUCUGCCCGUCGGCGCAUGGAAAAUGGAAUUGUUCCACUGAUGCAUACUCGCUAUCUGGAACGCAGCCUUUGAUUGAGUACAAGAGUAUAUGGCCUAUUGAUCAUUCGUGUGGAUUGACGACUACAGUGGGCGGAUUGCAGCCACUGAUUUCGUGGGAGGAGUUGCCGGCUGUUGCGCAGCAGGCACUUGAUACGACUGAUUUUGGGGCAGCGAAUGUGCCGUUUAAUGAUCCUCAUUUCUUGUCGAACCUUGCAAAUGCUGGUUUUUAA